CGAUGCUUUAAAGUGUGGCCUCAUCAUCCCAGUACGGCGCACACUCUACUGCUCUUCCUUUCCUUUCUAUAGUAGUUCCAUAUCUAUUGCUUUCCCUCGAACUAGAAAUGGGCUUUAACCAGCUGCUUCGUGUGAUUACUAAUCCCAAGCUUGGUUCUUGCGCAAAAGAUGUUGCUGCUUUUAGAACUUCUGGUGAGCGGCUCAUUCAGGUUCAAUUACUUUCCCAGCAGUAUAGUACGGAAGCAUCAUUGCAAAGGGAUGAUAAUUCUACUAUUGAUACAAGAAGUGGUCAAAGCUUCAAAGGCCAUGGUAUGCUUGCUCCUUUCACUCCUGGUUGGCAGAUUGCUGAUGUGAAUCCUUUGGUCAUAGAAAGAUCUGAGGGUACCUAUCUUUACGACAUUAACGGGAAGAAAUAUCUCGACUCCCUUGCUGGUUUAUGGUCCACAUCCUUGGGGGGAAGUGAGCCUCGGCUUGUUGCUGCUGCAACCGAACAACUAAAGACACUGCCAUUUUAUCAUUCCUUUUGGAAUCGCACAACGAAGCCUUCUCUGGAGCUAACAAAAGAAAUACUAGAAAUUUUUACAGCAAGGAAAAUGGGGAAGGUGUUCUUUGCAAAUAGUGGAUCAGAAGCGAAUGAUUCUCAGGUAAAACUGGUCUGGUAUUAUAAUAAUGCACUGGGGCGACCAAAAAAAAAGAAAAUAAUCUCUCGUUUGAAAGGGUACCAUGGUUCCACACUUGUAGCAGCCAGUCUUACCGGUAUUCCAGCUUUGCAUCAACAAUUUGAUCUUCCGGUUCCAUUUGUCCUCCACACAGACUGUCCUCAUUUCUGGCGCUAUCAUCUUCCUGGUGAAACCGAGGAAGAAUUUUCGACGAGAUUAGCAAACAAUUUGGAGAAUCUUAUCCUGAAGGAAGGACCUGAAACUAUUGCUGCCUUUAUUGCCGAACCCGUUAUAGGAUCUGGUGGUGUGAUACUUCCUCCUGCAACAUAUUUUGAUAAAGUCCAAGCGGUGCUGAAGAAAUAUGAUGUUCUUUUCAUUGCAGAUGAGGUUAUUUGUGGUUUUGGAAGGCUCGGGACGAUGUUUGGAUGUGAUAAAUACAAUAUUAAGCCAGACUUGGUAUCAAUAGCUAAGGCUCUUUCUUCUGCAUAUAUUCCUAUUGGUGGUGUCCUUGUCAGUCCUGAAGUUUCAGAUGUUAUACACUCUCAAAGCAAUAAGCUUGGUAAUUUUGCCCACGGAUUUACAUAUUCUGGACAUCCCGUUGCGUGUGCUGUGGCACUUGAAACACUGAAGAUAUACAAAGAGAGAAAUAUUCUUCAGGUAGUAAAUAACCUCGCUCCAAGGUUUCAAGAUGGUAUAAAAGCCUACCAAAACAGUCCCAUCAUUGGAGAGAUAAGGGGGAUCGGAUUGAUUUCAGGCACAGAAUUCACAGACAAUAAAUCACCCAACACUCCGUUUCCUACUGAAUGGGGGGUAGCUGCAUAUUUUGGUGAAAGGUGUGAGAAAUAUGGAAUGCUAGUACGUGUCUCUGGGGAUACUAUAACGAUGAGUCCUCCCUUCUGUAUCAAACCUGAAGAAAUUGAUGAGAUUAUAAGAAUCUAUGGGAAAGCAUUGAAGGAUACUGAACAAAGGGUGAAGGAACUCAAAUCUCAACAGAAGUAGCCAACCCGACCAGAUCAAAGCAGAUUAUGUCGAAAAGUUUGUUUAAAAGAACAUGAACAUCAAGGUGAAUGUGUGAAGUGAGAGUUCUAUUUUAGUGUUUGCUCCAAUUGUUUCUGAAUAAGUAAGAAUAAACAGAAAAGUCAAAUUGGAGCUUGUGUAUUAUCUCAAUUUUAAUUGUCCGUUUCUUCUUUAUCAA